AUGAGUGUUUGCUGUUCAUCAAUGAGCUUAUACUCAAUAAAUGAUGUUAUGCUCAAAGGCCAUGCUCAUCAGAUUCUUAUGAGUAGCAGCAUCUAUGGAGUUAGGCCUCAAGAAACAGGAACAUCAAAUUCAUGUUCCUUCAGCUUGUCCCCUGAGAAAUCACAGAUAAAUCAUGUUGCUGCUCAGUCUAUUUCCACAACAAUAUUGUCUAGUUCCACUAUCAUGGGGAAACAUAAUCAUUAUGUGAUUUCAUUGGCAUGCCAAAGUAUGAACAUGAGGCUUUUGGUACCUAAACCAAAAGCACUACUCCCUAAAGUUAAGAGUACUAUGGGAUCUAUGACUUGGCCAAGUGGCUUUCUUCUUGGAUUUCUUGUAUGUAAUUCAAAUUCUAAACCUACAAAUUCUGAUGAGUCUGAAGAUGAUGGGAAUGAGAGAGAUGAGUUUAAUGAGUCAACUAUCAAAUUCUCACAUGUUAAGAAAGUUUACAUAGAUUAUUAUGUUAUAAGUAUAAGCUGCACAUUAUUCUGCCCUAUAUACAAAUGA